UACACCAAUCUCUGUUACACUGCACCUGCUGCCCUCUCUGAGCCAUCCUCAGACCCUGCUGCAACUCAGCAAGACACCUCCAGUCAGACCUGGGCAGCCUCUCACCUGUGGAGAGGGGGUGUUUUUUUUUGUUUUUUUUUAGCAUUUUGGCAGCUCAGACACAGACUGAUCCCAUUUAGGGGGUUAGUUAAACUUUAGUCACAAUGAUGUGGUUAUUGGGAAGGAGCCAUGCAUUACUAGUGGAAUGAUCUGGAUCUUUGCUGCUCAGGAGUACUCACCUGCUCUCUGCUGGCUACCUGUCACCCUGGAGCUUGGAACUUUCUCCACCUGACUGGGAUUAUUUUGGAAAGGGACACAGAGCAUGAAUUGCAAUGCAACUGCACUAUCUGUCCUUCGGUGACACAUUAAAGCUGAAUGAAACCUCUCUGAUUGUCUUAGGGCAAUGCAUUGGGCAUCUAAGUUAGAAAGCAGCACACCUUUCCAGGCAAGCAUGGGGACUCUACUUCCAGCAGAAUGUCCUAAUGUAUACUUCAGCUCUUGAUGCUGUGCAGGGUUAGACAGAGGAGUACAUUGGAUUUCCCGACCAAGAUGGUAAUCACUGGUGGAAAUGAUGAAGAAGACAAAAACAGUGAAGAGAAGGAAAGUAAAGAAGAAACCAUUCUGGCAAUGCUUGGAAUUAUUGGGACUAUACUCAACUUAAUUGUUAUUAUUUUUGUCUACAUUUAUACAACAUUGUAAAGCGCAGGAAAAAAAAAACAACUAUUCCACAUUUUUUUUUCAACAACAGCAUAAUGGACAGAAACUAGCUAAUCGACGAGGGUGUGGAAUGCAGCAAAACACCGCUUUACUGCAUAGACAAGGACUAAUGGUUGGUGACUGCAAACACAAUAAACUUAAGAAAAGCAAUGCUGGACAUAUUGUCUGUUAUUACCAUUGUAUUUAUCACAAUUAUUCUAUGAUACAUCAUGGAUCGGAUCAUUUAUACCGGAACAUGUGUCCUACACAAAUAACAUCACAAUUCUGUCACUUAAACUUGUUACGUAUUUUGUUCAUAUAUGGCCACGUGAACGAUAUUUAAGAUUUGCCAUAACAAUUUAAUAAAUUUACAAUUUAUUUUAA